GGCAAAGGCCCGCCCCCAGGCCCCGCUGGAAAGCAAACGAGUCCUGAGGUGCUGCCGGGCGACUGUUUUGCGACACACGCUGGAGCUGCCUUGGCUGUUGUCCGGCUUCCGAGUGCAACCGGGCUGCUGAGACCGCCCGUCCUGAAUCAGCAUGUUCGGGGCCGCGGAGGAGGAUGACGCGGAUUUUUUGUCCCCUACAGGAGGCAGCGCCAGAUUGGCCUCUCUCUUUGGAUUGGAUCAGACAGUAUCAGUCCAUGGAAAUGAAUUCUUCCAAUAUACAGCACCAAAACAGCCUAAAAAAGGCCAAGCAGCAGCGACAGGUCAGCCAGCCCAGAAGAUGCCUACAACCACAGCGGCUUCAGCAGCCCCAUCGGUAUUUGUCGCCGCAGCAGUUCAUGCCUUUCGAUACACAAAUGGGCAGUAUGUGAAGCAAGGCAAGUAUGGAGCAGCUGUGGUGGGGAGCCAUGCUACCAAAGAGUACAAGAUUCUCCUUUAUAUCAAUCAGCAGCAGCAGGUCACGGUUGCCAGGAUCCAUCCAGGGUUUGUGCUCACGGUUCAGCCCAACAACUACAGUACAUUUUAUGAUGAUCAGAGACACAACUGGUCGAUCAUGUUCGAGUCAGAAAAGGCAGCCAUGGAUUUCAGUAAACAGUUAUGCAUUGCCAAAUGCAACAGCAGCCCUUCACUGGACUCGGUACUGUACCAGGAUCUCAUUGUUGGAGAGGGGCAGGGAUUGGAAGUAGGAGACUCUCUGGAGGUUGCCUAUACCGGUUGGCUGUUCCAGAACAAUGGGCUUGGACAGGUGUUUGAUUCAAACGUCAACAAGGACAAGCUGUUGCGUCUGAAGCUGGGUUCUGGAAAAGUCAUUAAGGGUUGGGAAGAAGGGAUGAUGGGGAUGAAGAAAGGGGGGAGACGACUUCUCAUUAUUCCUCCAGCAUGGGCUUAUGGGUCCCAAGGAGUAGCCAGUCGUAUUCCUCCUGAUUCCACCCUGGUUUUUGAGGUGGAAAUUAAGCGGGUGAAGCUGGUAAAGGAGUCUGGCUCUGAUGGGCAGAGUAUUGGUUCUAGGGAUUCUUCUGUAUCUUCCCCAGUACCCAAUUCAGACAGCUUCUCCACGGACCCUGUCGGAUUGCCUCCUUUGACAAUACCUCUGAAGCCUGGAGAGCCAGCUGUUCGGGCCAAGUCUAACUCUAUAAGUGAACAACUAGCAAAUCCUGAUGUAGCAAAAGCAAAGCUGAUUUCUCGGAUGGCUAAAAUGGGACAGCCUAUGCUACCUUUCCUUGCAGGAACAGCAGGCACCCAGCUUGACUCCAGUGACUCAGAAAUAGAGGACCCAAAUACAUUGAGAGGAACAGCACAGCCUGUCUCUUCAUCCCCCAAGAGACCUUUCUUGCAGCCAGCUCAUGCAGUACUGCCUCAGUUGACGACGCAAGUACCUCAGCCAUCUGUUUCUGGGCUCCAAGUGCCCUCUGCUGCCUUAAUGCCUGCAACCCUCCAGCCCCAUUCAGCUCUCUCUGGAAGUGCACAGAGCUUUCAGCCGUAUGCAGAAAUGGCAUAUGCCUAUUCACAAACUGCAGCUGCUUCCCAGCUCCAGCCUGUAGGACAGAUGUAUCCAUCACCUUUCCAAGCACCUAGUGAUGUUACUUCAUUCUUGAUGACAGAAGCUCGACAACAUAACACUGAAAUCCGAAUGGCUGUUAGCAAAGUAGCUGAUAAAAUGGAUUAUCUAGCUGCCAAGGUGGAGGAGUUACAGAAACAAAACACUAGCAAUAACUUGCUGCUACCUGGCAUCUCUUCAGUUACCAUGGAAACUGCCAUGAUCAUGAGCAACAUCCAGCGCAUUAUUCAGGAGAACGAGAGGUUGAAGCAGGAGAUAUUUGAGAAGAGCAGCCGUAUUGAAGAACAGAAUGAGAAGAUUGGCGAAUUGAUUGAGCGAAAUCAACGGUAUGUUGAACAGAGCAACCUGCUGAUGGAGCAGAGAAACAACUCAUUGCAAACAACAAAUGAACACACUCAGGCAAGGGUGUUGCAUGCAGAGCAGGAGAAGCACAUGCUGCCAGUGGAUCGGGGCUGGGACCAGGUCAAAGUUGCAGAGGAGCUGGCAGCUGCUACAGCACAGGUCUCCCGUCUGCAGUUGGAGCUGACUGCUCACCAGAAGAAGGAGAUGGACUUGCACACGCAGCUGACCACAGCCCUGCAGGAGGCAGAGAUGAAUGAGGCACAGCUCAACAAACUGCAAGCACAACUAGCCGAGCUCCAAGAAUCCUCAGAAGACACACAAGCUAAAUUCAGAGCUGAGAAGCAGAGCCGCAGGCAACUGGACCUGAAGGUUACGGCGAUGGAAGAAGAGCUAGCAGACCUGAAAGUAGAGAAAGAGAACCUGGAAAAGAACCUUGUUGAGAGGAAGAAGAAAUCCCUCUUGGAGAGAAGCCAGGCUGAGGAAGAGAUGGAUGAGAUUCGCAGGUCCUACCAGGAAGAACUGGGCAAGCUUCGACAGCUCCUGAAAAAGGCACGGACUUCAACUGAUCAAGCAGCAGCAGAGCAGCAGUCACUCAUCCAGGCAGAGCUGGAAUCCCAGUGGGAAGCAAAAUGUGAGCGCAUGCUGGUCUCUGCCAAGGAGCAGCACUUACGGCAGUAUCAGGAGGUGUGUGAGCAGAGAGACUCUCAACAGCAGCAUAUCACCCAGCUGGAAGAGAAGCUUUCUGCUCUGAAACACUCUAGAAAUGCGGAGGAGCAGAAACUCUCUGUGUUUCAGGGGAAGCUGGAGCAAUUGGGGCUGAUCAACGAGAAGUAUUCAGCCUUACAGUCCCAUGUUGCUGCCCUGAAGGCUCGCUAUGAAGAGCGUAUCAGGGAGCUGGAGAAGGGCUCUGUACUGGAAAAUCAGGAGAGCUCUCCGCCUGCAGACUCUACAGAAGAGGUGAAGAAGAUCAUGAAUGGGGUAUUUCAGACUUUGAGGGGUGAAUUUGAGCUGGAGGAGUCGUACAGUGGCAGAACAGUUCUUGGUGUUAUCAUGAACACCAUCAAGACUGUAACUCUGCAGCUGCUCAGUAGACAACAGGAGAGACGAGAGAGCAACAGUGACGAGGAGGAGGCGGAGCCUAGAACUGGAAAGGGGAAACAGGAAAGCCCACCAAAAGCAAAGGAGGACCAUGAAGGUGCUGUCCAAUAUGAGCCAGCACCAAGCACUGUGUGCCCAACUAAACCAGCAGAUGAGUCUGCUAGUAUUGCCACACCUCCCAGAUCUCCUGAAGAAGGGCAGAGGACCCAGAACACUACAGCAUCGAAAGUGAAGAUGAUCCAGGAGAUGCAUGAAGCGCAUACCUUCUCUGAAUCAGUUCAGCCGGUAAAGCCCAACCAAGGACUGGUGGAUCCUGAGGAGGAUGUAGACUCUGUACUGGCUGAGCAAAGGCAGGCAAGUGCUCCCAGUGGGCUAGAUCAGCAUGAAGGCAGCUCCCAAAAAAUAGCAUCUGUUCAGGCAGAAACACCAGAGCCCUCUAUUCUAGACACAAAGUUGGGAGCAAUGGAAGAGGCUUUGACUUCGGAAGCGCCAGCUACAGAGCACAAGGCAGAGGAGCCUGCAGGAGGACUGGAACCCCUGCCUCUGAAAAGUGCAGAGGGGGGGACUUGUCUGGGAAUUCCAGAUGCACCCAGGUUUGAAAUGGGUACAAGCAUUUCUGACUUAACAUCUGAGAUGGCAGAGAAGGAGCCAGCCACCAACCGUGAAACUACAGAACCCCAAGGACUGGCAUCUAGCCCCAAGCAGAAGGAUUCCAGUCUCACUGAGAAUGAUGAUGACUUGUUUAAAGUUGCAACCCAUAAACCACUAAAGCCUGGAGUUCCACCCGAAGAGGAGGAUGAGGAAGAAGUGAGCAUGAAAGGGCACCCUCCCCCAGCCCCACUCUUUGGGGAUGAUGACGAUGAUGAUGACCUGGACUGGCUGGGAUGAAGAGUUGGAAGAUGGUUUGGAUGUGGCUGGCAAGCAAGUCUGUGAGCUUCCCCUUUGGGCACAUGGCCUCUUCUCAAGUGUAUUUUGCACUUACCAGCUGCAUUUCCUUUGGGAUGGAAAUGGAACAGAUUUGGGACUCUCCAAGCUCCCCAGGUUACAAGUUAACUGGGGCUAUAAGCAAAUGACAGCACUGCUGGGCAGUUGGACCCAGUCUCGUUGGCCUGAUCAGCUAGCCCAGUUUAAGCAGCCAGCCACUCGUCCUGCAUGUUCCUGUUGCUGUCUUUUUGUGUGAGCCAUCAAUUUGUUAAUCUGAAACUCUGAUGUAAGUAUGAACUUUGUAACCAGUUCUGGAAUAAGCAAGUCUGGCAGUAUUCUGCAGCUGACACAGUGACAAAAACAGGGCAGAGAAAAUUGCUCCUCUCCCAGUACAAUUGAUACUAAAACAACAAAUAUAGAAUUCCAAAAAUCUGUGGGAUGUCAGAUUAACCCUUCACUAGAGAGACUUCAGGAUCCACCUGUAGGGCUUAACAAACAUGCUCACCAAACAGUUAGAGGCCAAUUGAAAGUACAUGAAGUAGGUUACCAUGGAGACUUCUAAUCCGAGUAUUUCCUGCCCACGCACAUGCCUUGUGGAAACUGAAGGAGUUGAGGUAACAUAGGCUUUGAGUGUUGAACGCUGAGCUGUAGAAAACAAUAAAUGGUGCUACCCGAGCCAAGGGCUACUCUGCAAAGGCUGUGAGUUCAUCACAGCUCCAUGGAGCUCUGACAGGCUGAGACCAGAGUGCCAAGAGAAUGAAUACUCUGUUAAGUAUAGACCUGCAGCUUCUAGUAAGUGCUUUAAAGAUUCCUCUAGUGUUUCCCAUUGUGGGAAGUUAAAUCCCUUUACCCUCCUUCACUAAAAUGAGUGACACAGAAGGGUUCUAGUAUGUUCAUGUGUAUCCAGUAUGGUCUUAAUGUGUGUGCCAGGACAUCCUGUAAAACUAAUUCAAUGGAGGCAGCACGCUGGCUGAAUAUAGGACCAAGAGUGAGACUGAGAUUGCCUUUCUUCUAGCCCUUUUGCCUAUUGUGAACCUUCAUCCCUUUAGGGCUGAGCUAUCCCACUAGCCUCUCCAAACCAUAAGCCGAAAAGCCGGCAGAAGAGGCAGUCUGUUGCUUACCAAGUGUACAGGUCCAGUGAAACAGUAAGAAAAAUUUGCAGCUACUAUUGACUAUUUAACUGUGUAUGGCACUUACCAGCAGUGCAGUUCUGAUACGAUAAAUAUCUGCACAACAAAAAUUUUUGCCUCCUACUCACUGCAGUCUGACACCGUGAAACCAUCGUGUCCCACAACCCCUGGCUUUUAGUGCUCCCCCACCAGUCCCACCAAAGGCAUCUUUGUCACCGCACAGUCUGCUCACACCCCUGUCCUUACUUCAUUCACAUCAUGUAUGUCUGUCUGUGAUGCAGGUUAGAUCAUCUCAGGCUGCACUUUGCCAUUGGCAAUAGAAACCCCACAACAACAGCAUUACAGACAACAAGAUGUUAAUGGGAUCCCUGUCCAGACAGAGGAGGAGGGAGUUACUUCAGGCAGUCAUUUGCCAAUCUGCUGUGCCUUUUUUCUCUGCUGCUAAAGGUGGCAGGAUUAUAGUAUAAAGUAGAACUCUUUAGAUUAAAGGGGCACUGUUAAAUUAUAGAUGAGGGUGUAUAUAUCUUAACCGGCUUAUUCAGGACACCAUAGGUUAUUGGAACAGAAUUUGUAAAUCCAAUUUUCAUUCUUUGUGCUCUAUCUACUUUUGCUUUUCACUCAGCUGGGAAGUUUCAAUCUUAUUUAUGUUCAUUUUCUAGUCAUUUUACUUCACGUACACAACCCUGCAGCAUUUUGAGUUGCAAAUAUUGCACAUGAGGGGAGGGAACAAAUUGUCUUUAAAAAUAAACAUUUCCACUUAAAUUAUAAUAGCGUAAUGGAAAUUGUUUAGAUCUGUCCUAGGUUCUGUGAACACUUUUACAAAAAUACCUGAGCAAAAUCUGCAAGUGUUCUGUUAAAUAUAGAAUAACUUGUUUUAAUUCAGGCAGUGCAGAGUACAAACCUGAUUGACAACAGUGACUCACAUACCCAAGGACUGCUUUGUUUUAAUGAAUAAAAAUGGGAUAAGUAGCCAAAUUUAACUAAAAAUAUGAAAGACUGAGUCCUGUGAACCAGCCAAUAUACUGAAAUGUAAACACUUGUUUCACAUAACUCCUCUAGCUUGGGGUAGAGCACCUUGCUCUCAAGUAGAAACUAUAAAGUCAAAGUAUGGAAUAAAUGUGUAAGAGCAAAGGGAUUAACACAUGCACACCAGGUUUUCCAGAAGUCCCCUUCAUUGUGAUAGUCUCUAUGUAUCUGUCCUUUAACUGUGGUCUUUGGAAUCAACAUGUCUGUAAAAGCCAUGUCUGUCUCCUUCACAGAUUUGAUAAAACCUAAAAAAUAAAAGUGCAAUUAAACAAAUCUA